AUGAUGGAGGAUCACCUGGCGAAGAUCCCCAUGGUUCCUUCGUCUUCCCCCACCGAGUCGUCGGGCAGCGGCGGGACUGAUGACAGCAGAGGAGCCAAGAGUCCCGGCCCGGGAAAAGCCCUGAGCCCGUCGCUGGUCUGCAAAGUGUGCGGCGACACCAGCAGCGGGAAACACUACGGCAUCUACGCCUGCAACGGCUGCAGCGGCUUUUUCAAACGCAGUGUGAGGAGGAGGCUCAUUUACAGGUGUCAGGCCGGGACGGGCAUGUGUCCAGUGGACAAAGCUCACCGUAACCAGUGUCAGGCGUGUCGGCUGAAGAAGUGUCUGCAGGCCGGCAUGAAUAAAGACGCUGUCCAGAACGAGCGGCAGCCCCGCAGCACGGCUCAGGUCCGCCUGGACGCCAUCGACGUCGACCCCGACAAGGAGCACCUGGCCACCACGCGGGAGCCCACCUCCUCUUCCUCCUCCUCCUCCUCAUCCUCCUCCUCCUCCUCCUCCUCCUCAUCCUCCAACGGCUCCGUCAUCACGUGGCCCCACAUCACCUCGUCCAUGUCCAUCACCUCGUCCGUGGCCCCGCAGCGCUGCGUCAGUCCCCAGAACAACCACCGCUUCAUGGCCAGCCUCAUGACGGCCGAGACCUGCGCCAAGCUGGAGCCCGAGGACGUUGAUGAAAACAUCGACGUGACCAGCAACGAGCCGGAGCGAGCGUCCUCGGAGUACCACAUGGCUCUGUACCCGUCCAGCUCGGAGAACGUGUACGAGACGUCGGCCAGGCUGCUCUUCAUGUCGGUGAAGUGGGCCAAAAACCUGCCGGUGUUUUCCAACCUGCCCUUCAGAGACCAGGUGAUCCUGCUGGAGGAGGCGUGGAGCGAGCUCUUCCUGCUCUGUGCCAUCCAGUGGUCUCUGCCUCUGGACGGCUCCCCGCUGCUCUCCCUGCCCGACCUCUGCCCCGGCAUGCAGGGCAAGACCAGCUACACCAGCCUGGACCUGCGCCUCCUGCAGGAGGUCUUCAGCCGCUUCAAGGCCCUCGCCGUCGACCCCACCGAGUUCGCCUGCCUCAAGGCCAUCGUGCUCUUCAAACCAGAGACUCGCGGUUUGAAGGAUCCAGAACAAGUGGAGAACCUGCAGGAUCAGUCCCAAGUCAUGCUGGGACAGCACAUCCGCUCGCAUUACCCCAGUCAGCCAGCCAGGUUCGGGAAGCUGCUGCUUCUCCUCCCGUCGCUGCGAUUCGUCAACUCGGAGCGAAUAGAGCUGCUGUUCUUCCACAGGACCAUCGGAAACACUCCCAUGGAGAAACUGCUGUGUGACAUGUUCAAAAACUGA